GUUGGGGUAAAUGAAUCAGUGUUUGUGGCACGGCAGUAGCAGAGAUCAGUCAUUGACUCUACACCAGGAUGAGUUAUGGUUGCAUGUAUGGACGGAUCUGUAGACAAAUCGAUUGUGCACUGCAUGAUUUUCACAUAUCGACCAUAACUGAAAAUGGAACGGAUGCAAUGGAAGUCUUGGCGUUACAUUAAUAUCAACGAGCUGUGACUGUACUGGGAGAGGGCGCAUGCGUAGUUGCAGCUCCGGAGCCGCAGACGAUCACAGCUGUGCUCCCAAGUUAGAGGAGGGGGAAAAGGAAACAGCGAGGGGUAAGACAUGAGUGCCAAAGUGAGCAUGGAGGCUUCACCUAAAGAACCUAGUCACACCCCUUUGGACCCGACCCCCUCAUCCCCCAGUGAAGCUGUCCUCACCUGUGGGAGAGAGGGUGUUGCCAAGAAUGCUCAACUCCAGCCACACACCACCACAGCUUUCCUCCUACCAGCCCCCAGUCAUCAGAAAAUAGAAGUUACCCCAGCUGUUGCCAUUGGAGACCCAGGUAAAGGAGGCAGGGCUAAUGAUACAGCCACACCCACCCUGACAGCACAAAUGGGUGGGGCUUGUAGCAUUGUCCAUGUCCUAGAGUGGAAGGAGGGGAUGGCCAUCCUGCCCAACAGCAACCUCAAGUUUUGUGUUAGUGAUGUAGGAACAUUGAGCACACUGAUCACCCCAGGGACCGCCAGCAGUACCACUGAACCAGCAGCUGGGACUUCUGGGCAAUUUACUGACACAGAAAGUUCUCCAGCAGGCAUGUCAGAUGUGUCAGCUCCUUGCCUCUCUGUGAGAGGUGUUACUGUGGAGCCAGAGAUUUUGAUGCCAGUCAAACCUGAAGUCAGGAUUGGACCAGGACAAAACAACCGGGAUCCCAGGGGUCAGAGGACCUACACAGAGGAGCUCCGCAGAGACCCCAUCACUGACAAGAGGAUUGUUGGGGUAGAGAAGGUGCCAGCAGGUGGGAGAGUCUCCUCCCUAAACCCUGAUCAUUUGAAACCCAUGAGAAAGAGAAAGAGGAAAGAAUACCUGAGUCCCUCUGAGGAAGACUCUGACAUGGAAGGCACGGAUGAAAAAAUGAAUGAUUCUAAAGCAGACAUCAGACUAAUCAGAGCUGGAGACAGUAAGACAGAGGAGUGGACGUGGCCUCAAUAUCUGGAGGAAAGAAAAUCGGUUGCUGCACCCGAUAACCUUUUCCAAGAGUCUCAGAGAGUGCCAACAGUGAAGAACGGUUUUAAACAGGGGAUGAAGCUGGAAGGCAUCGACCCACAGCAUCCAUCUAUGUACUUUGUCCUCACUGUGGCUGAGGUGUGUGGAUAUCGGCUGCGGCUCCAUUUUGACGGCUACUCUGACUGUCAUGACUUCUGGGUAAAUGCCAACUCCCCCGACAUCCACCCUGCAGGCUGGUGUGAGAGCACAGGACAUAAACUGCACACUCCCAAAGGUUGUAAAGAGGAGGAGUUCACCUGGGCCAACUACCUAAGAAUGACUAAAGCACAAGUGGCUUCCAAAGAACACUUUUCCAGUCCUGGGAGGGUUGAUGGGAAGUGCUGUUUCGAGAUAGGAAUGAAGCUGGAAGCCGUAGACCGCAUGAACCCAUCCCUUAUUUGUGUAGCAACCAUCACUGAUGUGGUCGACGACCGUUUCCUGGUUCAUUUUGACAACUGGGAUGAUACAUAUGACUACUGGUGUGAUUCCAGCAGUCCAUACAUUCACCCUAUUGGUUGGUGCCAGGAAAGGAACCUCCCACUAACACCACCCCAAGAUUACCCAGAUCAGAGCCAGUUUUCCUGGUCCCGCUACAUGGAAGAGACAGGUUCCAGGGCGGUGCCAGCUGAUGCCUUUAACGUGCGUACACCCCACAGCUUCCAUCCUCAGAUGAAACUGGAGGCAGUGGAUAAGAGAAGUCCUGGUCUGAUCAGAGUGGCUACAGUGGAGGAGGUCGACACUCAUCGCAUUAAGGUCCACUAUGAUGGCUGGAGUCACGUCUAUGAUGAAUGGAUGGAUGCUGAUCACCAUGACAUUCACCCAGCCGGCUGGUGUGAGGCGACUAGUCACCCACUUAAAGUACCUCCACGGGAAACUAAAAUACAGCAGCCACAUGGGGUGAGGGAGUCUCCUGCUACAGGCCAGCCCACCUACCACUCCUCUGUUUCUUGUAAACCAAUCAGCCACCCCAGAGCCAACAAGUACAGCUUCCACAACAGGAAGUGUCCAACCCCUGGGUGUGAUGGUUCAGGCCAUGUGACUGGUCGUUUCACGGCUCAUCAUUGCAUAUCUGGCUGUCCAUUGGCUGAGCGAAACCAGGGUCGGCUGAAAACAGACCUGUCUGACUCAGAGUCCAAGAGGAAUAUAUUCUUUGGACAGAGGACCAAAAAGACCCAUUAUCGUGGCAGGAUUGGCCGUCCACCCAAAUACAGGAAGAACCAGCAGAGAGACUACCAGAAUCUGACUUCAGAGGGUAUGUAUCCCUCACUAUUCAUGUCGGCUUUAAGCAGUCAGUCAGACAGGACUCUGUCUCUGUGCUGGGAACAGCACUGUAAGCUGCUGCCUGGUGUUGAGGGCAUUCAUGCCAACCAGGUGGCAGGAUGGGGCAUUGAAGAGGUCUUCAGAUUUGUACAGAAUUUAAUCGGCUGUGAAGACCAAGCUCGGCUCUUCAAAGAGGAGAUGAUUGAUGGGGAGGCCUUCCUGCUGCUGACACAAACCGACAUUGUGAAGAUCAUGAGCAUCAAACUCGGCCCCGCCCUUAAGAUUUCCAACGCCAUCCUCAUGUUCAAGAGCACAGACGAGGGACUCAAGUGAUUUCACCCUGACUCUACAUGGGCAUGUAGCAGCCAAUCAUCUUGUGCCAAAUUCAUUUUGUUGCAGAGAAAUGGCCCUGAAUCCUUUUUUUAUGUGUUUUGUGUCCUUUACCUAUCAGAGAGAGGGAGGGGGUCGGGAGGCAGUGAGAUCAGAUGGGAGGCCAGGGAAUUAUAAUAUAAGAGGGGUAGAUACAUAUAUAAUAAAUAUAUAUACAUAUAUAUACUGUAUGUGUGCAAUAAAAAGGGAUCCCAGCUGGUUCCACAUCAAUGCAGGCUAUGUGCACUGAGGAAUGCAGGAAACAACCUUGAGAAUCUGUUGCAUAGCCAUCUCUAGGUCUACUUUUCAAGAUCUGAGAUGCUUGAAAUACUUGCAGUUAUACAGUUUGUUGAUCUGAAUUCCAAUUGUUUCCUAUUGAUGCAAGCCUUAACAUAGGCCAAAUUAAACGGUACCUACCACCUUGCACAGGUGGACAUGAGAUAUAUUGGAAUGAAUACCAUAAGCCCAUGGCAUAGCAGGAGAAUUUAACAUGGGGAGAACUUGAAAUACUAGAGUUAAAUGAAAUCAUUAGAAGAGUUGAUAAACACUGUUGGCAGGGAGAAAUGUCUUCAGUAUGUCUAAGUAUGAUAGAGGAGUGUGAGGCAGCAUACGAGGCUGCUCAGUGAGGCUCAUUCAAGCUUCACGUUUUGUGCAAUAAAAAAGUUAAGACAUGAGCACUGUAAUUGUAUAUUACACUAACGUUAAAGCCCCUUAUGUUAUUGGGUUAAUUCUGGACUGUGGAAAAAAAAUUAUUGAGGACCCUUGAAUUAUACUUAUUGUUCAGAAUGUUGGAAUAAGGUUGAGAUUUGCAGCGCACACUUCUUUUCUCACUGCAGUGUUGGUUUGAGUUAAGUGAUACAGGAGCUAUAAAUUACAAAGUUUCCUCUCAUGUAGAAUUUGGUUCAGAGAACAGAAAAAGUACUGGUUACGUUUUUCUAUCUACAUGCAGACAAUCGUUAAAUGUUUAUUUAUUUCUUAAAUCUGAAGAGACGAAAAGCAAAGUUUGCCAGGCACUUAAGCACAACUGAAAAACCAAAACCGAUUUGAACAAUGAUGUUCUCCCCUUUGAUCACUAGAGAGUGCAAGAAUUCAGAUGUAAGCACGAUUAACAGGGAUUUGGUAUGUAGUCGAAGCAGUUCUCUGCAGUUCACAUGCCAUGAAAACUCCAGCACGUGUUAUUCAAAAUGUUUACAUUUUAUGUCAGAAUUGUUUCAAAAAUCCCGAACGGAUUUGAUAUUGUGAUUUAAUAGUUAUUUUAUUUGACUUUUUCAGGGCCUUUGGAGUCCUUCUUCUUUGUGUAUCUCUCUGGUGGGAUGUGUGUGUUUGUGUGUGUGCAUGUGUGUAUGUGUCAAGAUAAUCUUGGGUCAUAAUUGCCAUCCAAUCCAUAAGAAUUAAUAAAUGUUCAAGCUGUCUUAUCUGAUUUAA